GAUUUGUCAAGCUACUUUGGAAAUUUCACUAAGCAAUGCUGAUAUUAUAAAAGUGUUGUCUACCAUAAGUAAAGAUAAUGACCUCUAUCUUAAACCCAAGAAUUCUAUAAAUGCUUCUAUGUUAUAUGGAAUGAUAACUAUCAUUCUGGGAGCAUUACUAGGAAUCCAUGGUCUUCUUAUUGGUUUUUUUGUGCACUUCAUAGGAAUACAAUAUGAGAAAAAUAAUUAUAAACCAGUUUCAGAAAUUUUGUAUGGAUUCUCUGAUGAGAAGAAGGAAUUACUAUGCAGCAAGAUUAAAAAAAUAUUAAAACGCAGUACCUUUACAGAUACUUCUCAGCUCUUGAAGAGCAGUAAAUCUGAUAACAACUACUACUAUGAUAUUCGAGAUAAGAUGAUUGCAUUUUUGGCUUUAGAAUAUAAUCUGAUUUCAAAACCUAAACCUAAUAACAAGUAAUGUGCAACUACUUACAAAAUCUGUUGUUAUAUUAAAAUAACACUUUGUAACAUAAUUUGUUUUUUCCAAGUAUUCCAUCUAAUUAUAUAUUAUUAUUAAGGCGUCGAGCUGGCAGAAUCGUUAGCACGCCGGGUAAAAUGUUUAAUGGUAUUUCGUCUGCCGUUACGUUCUGAGUUCAAAUUCCGCCGAGGUUGACUUCGCCUUUCAUUCUUUCGGGGUCGAUAAAUUAAGGACCAUUUACGCACUGGGGUCGAUGUAAUCGACUUAAUCGCUUUGUCUGUCCUUGUUUGUCCCCUCUAUGUUUAGCCCCUUGUGGGCAAUAAAGAACUAUAUAUAUAUAUAUCAUUAUCUGUUAUAUUUUCUGCAAAGAUUAUCCAUAGUACUUUCCCUAAAUCCAAAGAUUAUCCAUAGUACUUUCCCUAAAUCUUGUACAAUCAU